CUUCCACAUAGGCCCUUAAUUGCAAUAAGUAAAACUUUCAUACACUAAAACUAAGAUUAAAAUUUACACGUAUCAAUAAAAUUAUGUAGUAAUUAUUUAGAGAUAAAUAGUUUAUUGUUCCAGCAAAAGGGAAGAAUAAUUUCGGGACAAACAAUAAAAAGUGUGAUUUUUAAAUAAAAACAUAUGUAACCGACACAUCAUUUUCUGUCUAUAAUACGGGGUAUAUUCACAAACAAAACUCGGAAAAUGAUGUUACCCUUGUGAAUCCCCCACUCUUUCUCACUCCUCCUUUUGAAACUCCCCCACAACAAGAGAAAAGGUUAUGGCCUAAUCCAUCCAUUAAAAGCAGGAUGAAAAGAAUGCAAUACCGGAUAAAGAAAGCCAUCCCAUUUCAUCAUUGACCUUCCUUUUUGUGCGCGUUUCCCCUCCCAGCCUUUUAUCUGGACGGAACUGCCAACACGGCCAAAACUCCAUGAAUCUGCCAUACCUUUUCCUUUCCCACUGAACCUUUCUUCAAUCUGCUCCAUUUCCUGAAGAAUGGACUCUGAAAAUCCAUCUUCCAAAGGCCCUCAAGCAUGGUUUUGCACUACAGGGUUACCAAGCGAUGUGACAAUCCAAGCGGAUGACAUGACCUUCCAUCUUCACAAGGUUUGCGUGCUUCAUUGAAUUUCAUCUUCCCGUGUCUAACAACCUCUUCUCUGUCAUUAAUUCCUCUGUAUAUUCAUUUCUCUGUUCAGUUUCCGUUGAUGUCGAAGAGUGAAAAGCUUCAUGACUUAAUUACAGAGCAAGAGACAAAGCAUAGACUGGAUGGUAAUGGUGAUGGAGAGAUUGAAGAAGAAGACGACUUCGCGGCGGAGACAGUGGAAUGUCACAUUUCCUUCCCUAAUUUCCCGGGCGGGUCGGAGACUUUUGAGGCUGCUGCGAAGUUCUGCUACGGAGUCAAGAUUGACUUGUCUGCUUCAAACGUGGCUUCUCUCCGAUGUGCUGGGGAAUAUUUGGCGAUGACCGAAGAAUAUGCGGAAGAAAAUCUCAUCUCAAAGACUGAGAGAUUUUUUUCACAAACCGUUGUGAAGAGCAUCAAGGACUCGAUCAAAACCCUAAGCUCCUGCGAGAAGCUCUUGCCGUUGGCGGAGACGCUCGGCAUUGUUCAGAGAUGCAUCGAUGCUAUUGCGGCAAAUGCCUCCUCCGCAGAUCCGUCGUUGUUUGGAUGGCCGGUGAGCGACGGGGCUUCCAACCGGAAAGGAAUUGUCAACAGGUCUUUCUGGAACGGCGUGGAAGCAAAUACUCGCGGGAAAGGCAUUUCCAGAGAUAGAGGGACAGAAGAUUCUUGGUACGAAGAACUUGGCCAUCUAAGAUUGCCUUUGUUCAAGCGUUUGAUUUUAGCCAUGAAAGGUCAACGAUUGAAUCCGGAAGUCAUCGAAAACUGUUUGAUAUCCUAUGCACAGAGAAGUAUUCCGGGACUUUCACGAUCUAAUCGGAAACCAUCUUCAUCAGCCAUACCUGAUGAGAAUGAGCAGAGACAGAUUCUCGAGACUAUAGUAGCAAAUCUCCCAGCAGUUAAAAGCUCAAGAGCUUCCUCAACAACUCGAAUUCUAUUCGGAUUACUACGAGCCGCGAACAUUCUGGAUGCAUCAGAGAAUUGCCGAUCAGGACUGGAGAGGAAAAUCGGAUCGCAACUGGAGCAAGCUACGCUUGACGAUCUUCUCCUUCCAAGCUUUUCACAUCAAAACGAAACUCUGUAUGAUGUGGACUGUGUGGAGAGAAUUUUAGGUCAUUUCUUAAGUGGUUUGGAAGAUCAAUCUGCAAAUGGAGGAGAUGAAGGCGGUGAUGAGACCAACAAUUCAAGAUCUAGUUCCGUAAUGCUGGUAGGGAAAUUGAUAGACGGUUACUUAUCUGAGAUAUCGGUCGACUCUAAUCUGAAGCCGGAGAAAUUCUGCGAAUUAGCCGUUUCUCUUCCUGACCAAGCUAGACUGUUAGAAGACGGCCUUUACAGAGCAGUUGACGUCUAUCUAAAGGUAAUUACUCCGUACAAUGUAAUUGUAUAUAUUAAGCGCACGCUAGUUAGGUUUCUGAAGCGAAUUAGGUUUAUGAUUUCAUAAAUCUGAGCAAAAAUCCUUCAUGCAGGCGCAUCCAUGGAUAUCGGAAGCGGAGAGAGAGAGAAUCUGCGGAGUAAUGGAUUACCAGAAGCUGACAUUAGAGGCGUGCACUCAUGCGGCUCAGAACGACCGCCUCCCGCUGAGAGCAAUUGUCCAGGUACUGUUUUUUGAGCAGCGUCAACUCCGGCACGCUAUUGCCGGAACUCUGCUAGCCGCGCAAAUGCCUCAGCUGGAAAUCGGCGAGGAAGGGGAAGAUGACGAGGAGGCGGCGUCUCCGCCGGCGCAGGGAGCGAGCUGCACGUGGAGAGCAGCUGUGAGGGAAAAUGAGGUGCUGCGACUGGACAUGGAUAGCAUGAGGACGCGUGUGCAGGAGCUGGAGCGCGAGUGCUCCACGAUGAAAAGAGCGUUUAAUAAAGCGGUUGGGCGCGGCGGUGAUGGCGGCGGCGAGCAGGGCGGAGGGUGGAGGAAGAGGUUUGGGUGCAAGUUUAAGGCCCAAAUAUGUGACUCCCAUGAGCCCACUGUUGCGGAGGCCCGUAAAGGACGAUCCCGUCGACAUCAAUAACAUUGUAUUUACAAAAUUUCAAUUCUUUCCAGUCAGAAUUCUUAAUUAAAUCUUAAUUUAAUUUUUUUUACUAAAAGAAAUUACAGGAAUAUUAUGCUAAUGCUGCGUACAUUCCUACCACUUUUGUACGUUAAUUUUGUGAGUGAUGAGAACAUACUUUGUUUAAGGUGGAGCAAUAGAG